GAAGCUUUUGCAACAGUUUCAAAGUUGAUAUUCGACUCCACCCUCUUUUAUCUCUUAUUUGCGGGCUGCGGAACAAUCAGAAGAACAGCGCAAAGGAGGCUGAUUUCGAUCUCACGCUGCAAACAUAAUUUAGUUGUCUUCAGUUUGUUGGAGUUACUGACUUAUCUCUCCACUGCAGAAGAUAUAUAAAGAAAUUGUCGAGCGGCAAAAGCGGAGCCUGAAUUUGACACAAGUCUCAAAUUAGUUGCUUAUUCACGAAAGCUAAACAGAGAUAUGCGAUUGUUCACUGGAAUCGGAUUGCUCAGUCUGCUAUUCAUCAUUUCAUUUUUUGGACUUUCACUCGGUAAAGCAAAGAAAAAAGCCAAGAACAAAAGCAACUCUUUAUGCAGAAUCGAAACAAACGAGGUUCAUUGUGACAGAGCCAUGGGAGGUAUUGCGGCAGCGCCUGCUGAGCCACAAGCUGCAGAGCUUCCAAAUUUGGAGAACUUGAGAAUAUCGGGAUACUCUGGAAACGUCGUACAAGUUCUUGAACGAGUUCUAAGAAAACUGCGUCUUGAAGAAGAUGAGAUCAAAAGAACUAAUCAGUUUAUUGAUCAACUUGUUAAGAGGGACUUGGUAAAUGGAUUGAAAGCUGAAAGCAAGCUGUUUGCCAUGAUCUACAAGGAAAUACAAUGGACUGGCAGUUUUUAUGAGGGUCUGAAGAUUUCUAAGCCAGACGAGUUUGACCUGAACAUUGUUUUCAAAUUUCCGUUUGAUGAAAAGAAACUUAAGUUGGUUGCGAGAAAUGAUCAGCCUGGAUUUGUGACUGUGAAAGGCUACGGACAAGCACUGGAGAGCAUCAAAGCAGACCCUAAAUGGCAGCCACCAGUAUAUACUGAAUUGGCACGGUGGACAGAUCCCUCUGGUAACCUGUUGCAAGAUAAAGUCAGGCAGUGGAUGGAAGGGAUUACCACCAAGUUUGUGAACAACUACAAUGUUGGAAAACCUAUUAAUGAACAACUUCAUUUAAAAAAAUCUGGGCCUGCAAUGACAUUGGAGAUUGGCGGCCUAUCGAUUGAUGUUGUGCCAGUCUUUGGCUUCAUUACGCCACCACCACAUCCUAUCAGGACUCCAAAACCUUUGAAUAGAAGCUGGUUUAUUGUACCGAAGCCACUCAAGAAUGAGCAGAGCAUUUCCGAUGCUUGGAGAGUGUCCUUUUACCAAUUUGAAAAAGAUAUCAUCCGUGAUUAUGGAAGGAUUAAACCUGCCAUCAAGUUGAUCAAGAAACUGCGAGACGAGCAAAAUUGGCAAAGUCUUUACAGCUAUGCUAUCAAAAAUGCAGCUCUUUGGAUGAAGGAGAGUGGAGAAUUGAGUGAAAAUGAUAAUACUGACUUGGCUUUCAUCAAGCUGCUUCGAGGCAUCCAAAAAUACCUGCAGGACGGCUUUCUCCCUUUCUAUUGGGAGAAGCGUGGAAACAUGCUGCGAAUGGGGAAUGUUGAAAGAACAAAUCUAGCCAACCGAAUUACUAGAUUGAUCAGGAACAUCGAGCAGAACUGGGAAGCAAACCCUGCGUACAUUGGAGAAUUGAUUUAUCCCGAUCAGUGAUCCAGAGAGGGGCAUUUCAAGUAACAUUUUAGGCCUGUCUGCCACCUAAUAUUUUGAUAGCUGCCUUUGCCUGGCCUUUACUAACAAAAGAGAGAACUUUUUUUACUCUCUAUAAUAUGUUUAUCUUUUAUAUUGUAUUUACUACUGCCUUGAUGGCAAAAUUAAAGGAGAAUUUUUUUAGUGAUUUAUGUAAUUGCAUCUCUUAAUUGACACACAUUUUACUUAUUGACUGUGGGAAAAAUAAAAUUUAUUCAAAAUAAACAAUAACGAUCUGCAUU